UGAAAAGAGUCACCAUAGGACUACAGGAGAGACUAAUUUGUCUGAAGCAUCAUGUGCUGAAACAACAGAAGGCUACAACCUUUGCACUGGUUAGAAACAGAGUGAUGAUGUUUUUAAUUCUUUGAGCUCCAGGACCCCAGGAGAGUGAGUUGAAACUCUGAAAAUGCGGCCAUGGACUGGUUCCUGGCGUUGGAUCAUGCUCAUUCUUUUUGCCUGGGGGACCUUGCUGUUUUAUAUAGGUGGUCACUUGGUACGAGAUAAUGACCACCCUGAUCACUCUAGCCGAGAACUGUCCAAGAUUUUGGCAAAGCUUGAACGCUUAAAACAGCAAAAUGAAGACUUGAGGCGAAUGGCUGAAUCUCUCCGAAUACCAGAAGGCCCCAUUGAUCAGGGACCAGCUUCAGGAAGGAUUCGUGCUUUAGAAGAGCAGCUUGUGAAGGCCAAAGAACAGAUUGAAAAUUAUAAGAAACAAACUAGAAAUGGUUUGGGGAAGGAUCAUGAAAUCCUAAGGAGGAGGAUUGAAAAUGGAGCUAAAGAACUUUGGUUUUUUUUACAAAGUGAGUUGAAGAAAUUAAAGAAUUUAGAAGGAAAUGAACUCCAAAGACAUGCCGAUGAAUUUCUGUCAGAUUUGGGACAUCAUGAAAGGUCUAUAAUGACGGAUUUAUACUACCUCAGUCAAACAGAUGGAGCAGGUGAUUGGCGGGAAAAAGAGGCCAAAGAUCUGACAGAGCUGGUGCAGCGGAGAAUAACGUAUCUUCAGAAUCCCAAGGACUGCAGCAAAGCCAAGAAGCUGGUGUGUAACAUCAACAAAGGCUGUGGCUAUGGCUGCCAACUCCAUCAUGUGGUCUACUGCUUCAUGAUUGCAUAUGGCACCCAGCGAACACUCAUCUUGGAAUCUCACAAUUGGCGCUAUGCUACUGGAGGAUGGGAAACUGUGUUUAGACCUGUAAGUGAGACCUGUACAGACAGAUCUGGUGUCUCCACUGGACACUGGUCAGGUGAAGUAAAGGACAAAAAUGUACAGGUAGUCGAGCUCCCCAUUGUGGACAGUCUUCAUCCUCGUCCUCCAUAUUUACCCCUGGCUGUACCAGAAGACCUUGCAGACCGACUUGUACGAGUCCAUGGUGAUCCUGCAGUGUGGUGGGUGUCCCAGUUUGUCAAAUACUUGAUCCGCCCACAGCCUUGGCUAGAAAAGGAAAUAGAAGAGGCCACCAAGAAGCUAGGCUUCAAACAUCCAGUUAUUGGAGUCCAUGUCAGACGCACAGACAAAGUAGGAACUGAAGCAGCCUUCCACCCCAUUGAGGAAUACAUGGUGCACGUUGAAGAACAUUUUCAGCUUCUUGCUCGCAGAAUGCAAGUGGAUAAAAAAAGAGUAUAUUUGGCCACAGAUGACCCUUCUUUAUUGAAGGAGGCAAAAACAAAGUACCCCAAUUAUGAAUUUAUUAGUGAUAACUCUAUCUCUUGGUCAGCUGGACUGCACAAUCGAUACACAGAAAAUUCACUUCGAGGUGUGAUCCUGGAUAUACACUUUCUCUCCCAGGCAGACUUCCUGGUGUGUACUUUUUCAUCCCAGGUCUGUCGAGUUGCUUAUGAGAUCAUGCAGACACUGCAUCCCGAUGCCUCUGCAAACUUCCAUUCUUUGGAUGACAUCUACUAUUUUGGAGGCCAAAAUGCCCACAACCAGAUUGCCAUUUAUCCUCACGAACCUCGAACUGCAGAUGAAAUCCCCAUGGAACCUGGAGAUAUCAUUGGUGUGGCUGGAAAUCAUUGGGAUGGCUAUUCUAAAGGUGUCAACAGAAAACUGGGAAGGACGGGCCUGUAUCCCUCCUACAAAGUUCGAGAGAAGAUAGACACGGUCAAGUACCCCACAUACCCUGAGGCUGAGAAAUAAAGCUUAGAUGGACCAGAAAGACCACCAAACUCAGUUCAAACCAUUUGAGCCAAACAGUAGAUGAAGAAGGCCCCAACCUAACAGCCCGUGGUUAAAAUGAGUCAACAUCUUCGGCAUCAGGAGCAGCUGGGAUCUGACAGAUGCUUCAUUGGUGGAAUUGCUCUUUAACAAGGGCUACAGUGCCCUUAAACCCAUGCACAGUCCAAUAAUGUACUCAUGUAUAACAUGCAAACAGAUUGUUUUCUACGUUACCCCUUCUUUCAAGACUAUGUCCCCAUGAAACAAACACUGCCACAUUGUGUAAUUUAAGUGACACAGACAUUUUGUGUGAGACUUCAAACAUGGUGCCUAUACCUGAGAGACCUGUGUGACCAAAUGAGAUGACUUGAAUAGUUCCCUCUUGUGGGGAGCUUGAUUCUUAGCCAGUGGUGGUAUUGUAACCACUGAAUUCACUCCAGUCAACAGAUUCAGAAUGAGAAUGGAUGUUUUUGUCUGGAAUUUUUUUUUUUAAAGUAAUUGCACCGGUUCAUC